CUUCCUGUAACUAACCCAAUGCAAGCAAAAAAUUUUAUUGAGGCCAAUUAUAGUGUUAAAACAGAUAUAAUACCUAGUGAUAAUGAAAUAAUUACUGCUAUACUUGAUCAUGACUGCAAUGAAGAUGAUAAAAAGAAACCUGAA